UUCAAGUGUGAAUAUUGCCCGAACAAGAGCAAGACAAGAGAAGAGCGGUGGAAGCGUCGGCAUCAAGCAUCCCCUUCUUCGUGCAUUAUCUCAUCUCGACCUUCUAGCUUUACCUCACAUCCUGGAUGAAGUCGCAUCCGCCUCCUACGAAGGAUGCCGGGGGUGCAACUUCCGCUCCGUCUGGGGACAUAUCGGUCCAACGGUCGACGCACAAGCAGGCGUCCAAGAACUACUUCAACCUUGACGCUGACAUGAAGCGCCAAAGCUCGAUGGUGGACUCGGAAAACCGGUUCAGUCAACGUCUGUCCAUGAUGAACGUCUUACCAGGAAAGCAAGCCAACUUCCAAGACGAACCGUCCAUCGACUACUGUUGCGACGUCCUCCAAGCCAAGUUUGGGUUCCAACAAGGAUCGGUGGACAACCAGCGUGAGCACGUGUUGCUCUUGCUGGCGAACUGCGCGGCCCGCGCCAAUUCCGCGUCGGGGGACAACACGACACACCAUGUGCGACUGUUGCAUGACAAACUCUUUAGCAACUACAAGGAAUGGUGCGCGUUUGUGGGCGCCAAGUCGGUCGCGUUCUCGCAGCCGGCUCAAGGAACCCCGUUGACGUCCGUGCUGCAUAUGGACCUGAUGCUGUACUUUCUCAUCUGGGGCGAAUCCGCCAACUUGCGGCACAUGCCCGAGUGUGUGUGCUACCUAUACCACCAAAUGAUGUCGACGUUGAUCAAGGACUCGCCGCAGUCGGAAGGUCGCCCGUCGGGAUGGUUUCUGACCGCGGUGCUUCGUCCCGUGUGGAAAGAAGCCACGGUGAUGCAAAAGAAGAACGCGCUCGGCAAGCACCUCGAGCACACCAAAGUGCGCAAUUACGACGACCUGAACGAGUUUUUCUGGCGGUCGGCGUGCCUCAAGAUCCCCGUCGACAAGAUUGGCGGCGCGCUGCAUGCCACGGCCGGCAAGACGUUUUACGAGCACCGGAGCAUCUUCACGCUGGUGCUCAACUACUACCGCAUCUUUCACUUCAACUUUAUGUUUCUGGUCGUGCUGGCCGUGCUCAAUUUCGCCGUGACCAUCAGUCCCAACGGCGGUACGGUCGACUUUUCCCAGUUCGCCCAGAUUGGAACCGUGGUCAAACCGUACACGAAGCGCGACCUGAACAAGGCGUGGGCCGUACUUGUGGGAUCGCAUGCGUUUCUCAACUUGUUCAAGUGCUGCCUGGAAGUUGGCCACGGAUUCCAGCUCCUCACCGACCCGAAAGCGAGAGCGGCCACGUCGUCGCGCUCGAUGACGUAUGGCCUCGCCCUCACGCUUCGCCUGGUGUGGAGUUUAGUGUUUACGGGUGCAUUUGCACUCAUGUUUACUCUGGGGGCACCGGUGAAAGCGGGCGAGUUCGACAUGCUGAGCCUACUCAACGUUGCGGCGCUGCUGUACCUUGUACCUGGCGGCGCCAUCCUCUUGCUGCAGACGCUGAUCCCUGGCACGGGGCGGUCGUGGUUCUCCAAGUUUAUCCGCGAAGGCGACAGCUGCUACACGGGCCGACACAUGGCGCCGCCCAUGGCGUUCCAGGUCAAGUACUAUGUGUUUUGGUUCGUGCUGCUGGUAUGCAAGGCCGCCGUGUCGUACUGGGUGCUCGUGGGUCCGCUGGUGCUGCCGAGUCUGGCGAUUUGGGAAAUGAACCUCAAGUACGGCCAAGGCUCGAUCGGAUCGUUCCACAACAUCGGCGUGAUUGUCAGCUUGUGGGCGCCCGUCGUGUUUAUCUUCAACUACGACACGCAGAUCUACUUUACUAUCUUCCAAGCCAUAUUGGGCGCGUUCAUGGGCUGGAUGAUGAAAGUCGGCGAAGUCCGCGGCGUCGACGCGCUGUCGAAAGCAUUCCGCGUUGCCCCCCAGCUGUUUGAUACCAAGGUCGUAACCGAGUUGGCGCGCCUCGCAGAUGCCCAGGAAGGAGGCGGCGGCGGAGAUGACGCUGGCCGCGGUAGCCAGUCGGCCGUGUACCAGUCUCAAAUGAUGCUCCGGUUUGUGGUGGUGUGGAAUGAGAUUGUAAAUUCAUUCCGCGAAGGCGACUUGGUGGACGACAAGGAAGCGGCCAUCUUGCAGUACGACAUUCAAAACACUGGCGAAGUGUUUGAGCCUGUGUUUCUAUCGGCUGGCAAGUUGAACGAAGCGAUGGCGUACGCUGUCAAGCUGGGCAAAUCGGGACGCGGCGACUCGGAGCUGCGCAUCCAGCUGGUCCAGAACGACUGCUUGGGCGCGGUCAAGUCGUUUUUCAAUGCGUCCAUGUACGUGCUGGAGGCUUUGCUAGCGCCCGACGACACGGAAACCCUCGACGGGUUCCGGCUCAUGGAGCAGGCGGCGCUGGACGGCCAGUUUCUCACACUAUUUGACGCUGGCUCGCUCUUGCACGUUCGGGCGAUGGCGAUCGACUUUCUCGAAGCCGUGCUGGACCUGCCAGACCCAGACUCGGCCUCCCCCGUGCUCAAGACCACGGUGCACCCCAUGGGCGUGAUCCGCAACUUUGUGGCCAAGACGGAUAACCUGUUGAACGGCCUCCGGUUGUUUUGUCGGCAGUCAGCGAUGGCGGCCAAGUUUCAAAACGUCAACUUUGUAUCGUCGGCCAACUCGUACGCGUACGCGGCCAAGGGUCUCGUGAACUUGUUCCACUCGGACACGGCCAUGGGCGCCGCCACGCGCGCGUACUUGCUCAUGUCCCUCGACCGGCAAGACGCCAUGCCCAAGUGCGGCGAGGCGCAGCGCCGCCUCGGCUUUUUCAUGCAGUCGCUGCUCAUGGACAUCCCCCAACUGAGCGCGAUUCGAAGCAUGCGGUCGUUUUCGGUUGUAACUCCGUUUUACAGCGAAGGCGUCAUCUUUUCACUGGACGAGCUCAACAACCCCCUGGAAAACCACCCAAUUUUCAACAAGGCUUCGGAAAUCGACAAGAAGAUCACGAUCCUCAAGUACCUGAUCACGAUCCACCCCGAAGAAUGGGAUAACUUUCUCGAACGCAUCGACGUGUCCAGUGUCGACGCGGCGAUCCACGAGUACCCCAUGGAGCUGCGGCUGUGGGCGUCGUACCGCGGCCAAACGCUGGCCCGAACCGUUCAAGGCAUGAUGCUGUACGAAGACGCUAUCAAGAUCCUCCACUGGCUCGAGAUUGGGUCUUCGCCGAACCGCACACCGGAGCAAAAGCAGCAGCAGCUGGAGGACAUGAUUCGGCUCAAGUUUUCGUACGUGUGCGCGUGCCAAGUGUAUGGCAAACACCGCGCCGAGAACGCCCAGCAGGCCAACGACAUUGAUUUUUUGCUGCAAACGUACCCCAACUUGCGUGUGGCGUACGUGGACACGAUCGCAUCCUCUUCCGAUGGAGCCACUCGAUACGAAACGGUGCUGAUCAAGGCCGAAGGCGACGACAUUGCCGAAGUGUACCGAUGGGAGCUCCCCGGGGACCCGAUUCUCGGCGAAGGCAAGCCGGAAAACCAGAACAAUGCGCUGCCAUUCACCCGCGGCGAGUUUCUCCAAACCAUCGAUAUGAACCAGCAGCACUACUUUGAAGAGUGCCUCAAGAUGCCCCAGCUGCUCGUGACGGCCGACAUGCACGCCUCCAAGAAGCCUGUGACGAUCAUUGGCAUGCGCGAACACAUCUUCACGGGCAACGCAUCGUCCCUGGCCAAGUUCAAAACGUGGCAAGAGCUCGUGUUUGUCACGCUCAGUCAGCGCGUGCUCGCCAACCCGCUCUGUGUCCGCAUGCAUUAUGGCCAUCCAGAUAUCUUUGACAAGGUGAUGGUGCUGACCCAGGGCGGCGUGUCAAAAGCAUCCAAGGGGAUUAACCUGAGCGAAGAUGUGUUUGCUGGGUUCAACUCGACCCUUCGCGGCGGCGUCGUGACCCACGUCGAGUUUAUGCAGUGCGGCAAGGGUCGCGAUGUCGCCAUGUCGCAGAUUUCCAUGUUUGAAGGCAAACUGGCCAACGGCGCGGGGGAGACGGCGCUGGCCCGCGAAGCAUACCGCAUGGGCGCGUUCCUCGACUUUUUCCGGCUCAAUAGCAUGUACUACUCGCACACUGGGUUUUACUUUGCCACGUGGCUCACGAUCGUCACGUCGUACGUGUACAUUUACGCCAAAGUGUACUUGGCGCUGUCGGGGGUCCAGACCCAGAUUGUGGAGCUGAUGAACACGACCCAAGUGAUUUCGCUCAACGCGUACCCGUUUGGGUUUGAUGACCGCGUGUACAACGACCUGGACAGCGUCAUGAACACCCAGUACAUCAUCCAGGCUGGUCUGUUCCUCACGUUGCCGCUGAUUGUCGUGUACUUUGCCGAAUUGGGGCUCAUUGGCGGCGUGACCAAGCUGGCCAACAUGAUCUUUACGGCUGGCCCAGCGUUCUUCGUGUUUCAAGUGGGUACGACCAUGCAUUACUUUGAUAACAACAUCAUCCACGGCAACGCCAAGUACCAAGCGACGGGGCGGGGGUUCAAGAUCACGCGGGAGACGUUUGUGUUGCUGUACAAGGCGUACUCGACAUCGCAUUACCGCAAGGCGUGGGAACUCGUCGGGCUGUGCAUGCUCUACUUGACGUACGGGAGCUUUAACAUUUGCAACCGCGAGCCAAAGGACGGUAACACGUUUGCAGCCGACUUUUGCGAGACGGCGCAGGGCUACGGCACGCAGACGUUUGCGAUCUGGUCGAUUGCGAUUCUGUGGCUGCUCUCACCGUUCAUUUUCAAUGCGGAUGGACUCGACUAUGAAAAGACCAAGUCGGACGUGGUGGCGUGGUGCAAGUGGAUGUUUAUGGACGAGCAAGCGACGGACCCUGACAAGGUGCACACUGGCGGGUGGAUUUCAUGGUGGAAGGGCGACCAGGAGCAGUACUAUGCCACCACGGGCAUGGCGCGCCUCACGGUCCUCGUGCGCGAAUCUCGCCAUUUCUUCAUCAUGUGGUACGUGAUCACGCUCAAAUUGCAAGCCAAGUACGUGCUGUAUACGCUCGCGGCGGCCGCGGCCACGCUCGGGGUGCUCUACUUGUUUCACUUGGUGGGGCUCGCGCUGCGCAAGGCGGCAUUUAUGGGUCGCGCGGCGCUCUACUUGUUUUUGCUCUUGCUGUUCGUGGUCGGGAGCUUUGUCUUGAUGAACCUGGUGCUGUUCAAAGCCACACCCGACGACGCCUGGGACAAGAGCCUGAGCUUAUUCUACGGGUACUGCGCCGCGCUGUACGGGAUCAACGAGAUGCUGCGCGUGGCCAACUUCAAGGGCAUGGCCGCGCACGACGUGGCCGUGGUAUCUCAGCUCGCGUUCUUUUUCGACUUUAUCUUUGGCGCGUUGCUGCUGCUCCCGCUCAUCGCGCUCAGUUGCAUCCCGUUUAUGAAUGCGAUCCAGACGCGCAUGAUGUUCAAUGAAGGCUUCUCCAAGGCCGUGUCGGCGUCGUCCCAGCAUGCGUUUUCCCUCGCCGCGGCGCUCGGCGCGCUGGUCGGCGUCGCCUGCGGGUGGAUGUACUACAUGCUCCUGUCUGUGGACCUUGCCCCGGGGUACAGCAUCUACCUGACCACGUACAAGCUGACAACCGUUGAAGCGGGUAAAGGCAUGACGUCAUACAUUACGCUGGGAGGGGCCGUCGUGGGAUCGAUUCUAACGAGCUUUAUGGGGUACGCCGUCGGCCACCGCAUGACGGUGCUCAUCGCGGGCAUGCUGAGCGUGCUCGGGUGUGUGGCGUUGAGUUUGAUUCCGUCGAUGGCGCCCAAGACGGGGUCGCAGUCGCCCCUGGUGCUCUUUGGGGGCAUUGGGCUCUUGGCCAUUUCGCUCGGUAUGAUGCUGCCCGCCGUGUCGUGCUACAUUUACGAGAUUUCGACGUACGACAUGCGCGCCAAGACGAUGCUUCCGCUCGCGUUGGCCUUUGUCGUCGGCACGGCCAUCUCGUCAUAUUAUGCUGGCGGCGCCGUGGGCUGGGUAUGGCAGUCGUUUUGGUGCGCGCUGCUCAUGGCGCUGGUGACGCCCCUCAUGAACAUGUUUCCCGAGUCGCCGCAGUGGGUGCUCGAGCGCAAGGGGUAUGAAGAGUGCGAGACGGCGCUGAGCAUUCUGCGCCAACGCCCCGAGAACACCGCGGAACUGCGCGAACUGCGCGAAGACCAGGCGCAUGCCAAGAAGGACCGCGACGGCGGGUCGGCGUUGUACAAGGCAGGGCUGUCUGUGCUAUGCAUGCUCAUUUCGUCGCUGUCUGUGGGAUCUCUCAAUAUCUUUGUUGCGCGCACGUUUACCUCGUUUGCCGACGACAACUUGGUAUUUACCAACACGCUUGUGGUCGAGGCGUCGGGCGUGCUCGUGAGCUUCUUCGUCAUGGACAAGUGGCCCCACCGCAACCUGCUGACAUUCACGCUGCUCGGCAUGGGGCUGGGCGCUGGUACGCUGGGAGCGGACGAUCUGUACCCGUUUUUGCAAGGCAAUUCGCAGCGCAAGCUCAUCACGUCGUUGUUUAUGUACGUGCUGUUCUUUAUCAAAGGGCUCGGGCUCACGUCGACGAUUUGGGUCAACGUGACGGGGCUAUUUGCCACGAAAACCCGCUUUGUGGCUGUGCCACUGCUAUUUGCGCUCUGGUUUGCCGCACCCGCCGGCAGCGUGGCCCUCCGCGUGAUCAGCUACACCAAGAACGCCUACCUUUGGCUCUUUGCGCUCUCGGCGCUGUGCCUCGUCACGCUCUUCCUUGUUGUCAUGACGUCGAACCGCGCCAAUGGACUCAUCUGCACCCGCAACGACAUGAAGAAGGACAAGGCCCGCCGCGAUCGCCUCCGCGGGUCGCGGCACUCGCGCACCCCCGGCAGCUUUACCCGCAACCGCCGCCAGUCGAGAUCGGCCCGCCAGUCGCGAUCGAAUUCACUCGCCAAGUCAUUCCAAGGUAGCUACCAGCUCGUGGCCUCGCCUAACGCGAAUUCGCACGUUGUGUAGAUAUAUAUCAUAUAUAUAUACUUUCAUAUAUACGACAGAUUCUUGCAUUAGAUAUAUAUAUAUACUUUUAUAUAUACGCCAG